ACUUCCGCGUAGGUGUUUCUCUGUGACUGGAAGUAAAGUUCAACAAUGGAGAUUUAACUAUUUAUUCCGUAAUUUAGCACGACACCCAUUCAUAUAUGUCCCGCCUCACGAAGGCGCCGGUAGGCUCGUUUUAAGGCUGCUCUGUAUGCUUCUGUAGGGUAGUUUAGAUAUUCACUGGUGACAGCUUCCCUUCAGUGCAGUGUUCACUGGUAUAUGGAGGAUGGAUUUCCCUUUAUAUGACUUAUUGCAGUAUUCGCUGAUCCUGGCGCUGAUCGUCUUAUUAUUGGUUGUUGUCUUUGCCCAUGUCAGUGCUAACAUGGUAGAACAGACUUGCCAUGAGAAGGAGAAACGCUUCUUGGCGGCGGAUGGCAAGGAGGAGUCUUUUCCCAGCCUCAUGGACCCUCCAUCACUGGAGCUGUCCGUAGUCGUCCCGUCAUACAACGAGGAGCUCAGAUUGCCUGUUAUGAUGGAUGAAGCUAUGGAAUACCUGGAGAAAAGACAGAAGGAGAAUCCAUCAUUCAAGUAUGAAGUUAUUGUGGUAGAUGACGGCAGCAAAGACAAAACUACAGAGGUUGCCAUGAAAUACACAAAGAAGUAUGGAGCGCAAAAAGUGAGAGUUUUGACAUUGGUGAAGAACCGGGGAAAAGGCGGUGCAGUGAGAAUGGGAACUCUAAGCAGUCGCGGGCGCCUCAUUCUUAUGGCUGACGCAGACGGAGCCACUAAAUUCGCUGACAUUGAAAAGGUCGAAGAAGGUCUUGAGAGCAUCACCGAGAAGCCUGAUAACAUGGCGAUCUCCUGUGGAUCCAGAGCUCACCUAGAAAAAGAAUCGGUGGCUCAGCGGUCUCUGUUCCGAACGUUUCUGAUGUAUGGAUUCCACUUCCUGGUGUGGUUUUUCUGUGUGAGAGGGAUUAAAGACACACAGUGUGGUUUUAAGCUCUUCACCCGUGAAGCUGCCUUGAAAACCUUCUCCAGCCUGCAUGUGGAACGCUGGGCAUUUGAUGUCGAACUUCUCUUCAUUGCUCAGUGUUUUGAUAUCCCUGUAGCAGAAGUGGCUGUUAACUGGACAGAGAUUGAAGGGUCAAAGUUGGUGCCGUUCUGGAGCUGGCUACAGAUGGGCCGGGAUCUAGUCUUUAUCAGACUGCGUUACCUCACUGGUGCCUGGAAGCUGAAGUCUGAGAGAAAAACUCAGUAGCUGUUGUUACUGCUUAGUGUGCUGUUCCUGAGCGAUCAGGGGCCGCCGGUUGAGCACACAGCCCCUUGCCAGCAAUGAGUGCACUGUGAAUGCAGUCGGUGAACAACAUUAGCAUUUUAUUAUCACUGACCGUGCCGUGACCACAUAAGGGGAUGGCCCUUGUAUUUUUUUUUUUUUUUUGUAAUAUUGCUGUUUUCCAUAUUUUCUUUUACAUACUGUAGUAGGUUUUGGUUUAAAAAUGGGCAGAUGGUUCUUGGCCAAAUAAAAAAAUAUAUAUAAUCAGUGUUUCAGCAUGUACAAGUAAUUUUAAAUGUUUGCUUGUAAAAAGAUUGUUCUUUUUAUUCAUUUUUUUUUGCAGAUUUUGUAUCAUCAAAUAAUAACGUCUGGUCCACAUUUGCAAUUUUGAAAGAAAUGAAAGUGGUGUGCACUUGAAUGUUUAACAUCAGUGCCACCCAAAUCCAUUUUUAACUCACUUAUCCCACGCAUAUAAGGUUUAAAAACACAGUUGACCGACUGAAAUGGUCCAUGGUCUGGCAUGUGCUCAAGGCUUUUUAAUGUGGUUUACUCAAUGGGCUGCUCUGCACCCUGGAGAGAGUAUCCUGUUUGUCCUUCCUUUCUCUCCACCAGGAAGGCAUUUGUUCUUAUUCAGCCCCUGUAUCUUGUCAGCCACUCUAAGAGGGUGUAUUUCAAUAUUUUACACUGAUAAUUUUUUUUAAGAUCAGUGAUUUAAGCAGCAAUUGAUGUAUUAUAUUUCCCGUCUGAAAGCCCUAAAUAUAGAGCCUCGUCAGGAAUGUAUAUGAUCCUGUGCACCUUGAUUGAAGAGGAUCAUUUUGCAGUGCCCUUUUAUUGGAAGCGAGCUCCCCCUUCCAAACUCAUUUGAUCACAGAGAACACUAAAUAUGCGAGCUGUCAUUAUUGGGAGUAUUGUUACGUUCCCCUGCAGUUGUUGUAAACUGUGAAAAUGUCAAACUUCUAGACUCUCUGUCGCCAUCCUGGCUUGCGUCAUUAACUGGACAAGUCACUGUACGCUCACAAUCGAAGUGUAUCCAUCCGCGCCGAGGAGCGCACGAAAAGUAGUGCUAUCGAUAAACGCUUUGGCACUCCGCCAAUCUGACAUUCAA